ACCCCAAGUGUACCUUCUCAAGUAACGAACAAUUCAAAGAUCUAAAAAUCAGAAACACAAUCCUCUCUUUUUCAUUUUCUUUUAGCUUUUUCCGGUUUCUUUUCAAUUGUCUGUAAACGGUGUUAUAUAAAUAAUUCAUCAGUCCAAAAGCUAAAAAACAGACAAUAGCAGUGUUUCCUACAAUGCAAUCCUUGUCGUUAAUCGUUAUGGGCUAAAACCCCAACAGAAAAAUCCUCUCUCCUCAAAGAAGAAAGAAUAACAAAUCUGUAUUCCCUAUAAUACCCCUAAACCCUCUCCUCUUGCUCCGCUAACGGGGUGACUGCAGGAAGAGGAGUCUACUCAAAGCUUCCUAUCACAACCGCCGCCGUAUGGCGAUCCCACGGCGGCGCAACCAGCAUCACAGCCGUGCGCGGCGGUUUAUAAUCCCCAUCAUUUACGCUGCUUCCACCUUUCUCCUCGUCAUAUUCCUCUUCAUCUUAAUCCUCGCGCCGUCUCCUAAUGAUGAUAAUCACCUCCGCCGCUCCCGUCGUCAUGAUGAUCUUUCCUUGGGAAGCAAAGGUAGUGGUAAUGAGAUUGGAGUUUCUCCAUUUCGUGUUGAGAUCAGUGGAGGAGUUAAUAAUCGUGAUCUCUGGAGUUCGAGAAAUUCGAAGUUCUUCUAUGGAUGCAGUAAUGCCAGCAGUAAAUUUGCAAAAGCCCAAGCCAUCACACGUCCAAAUCGAUUCUUGUUGAUUGUGACCAGUGGAGGUCUUAACCAACAAAGAACUGGGAUAACUGAUGCCGUUGUUGCUGCUCGCAUUUUAAAUGCUACUCUUGUUGUUCCAAAGUUGGACAAGACGUCUUUCUGGAAAGAUUCUAGUGAUUUCUCUGACAUAUUUGAUGUUGAUCGGUUUAUAAAACAUCUAACAACAGAUGUUUCAAUUUUAAAAGACCUUCCGCUUAGAAGAGGACAGAUAUGGACGCCAUAUAGAAUGCGUGUUCCUAGAAAGUGCAAUGAGAGAUGCUAUAUAAAUCGUGUAUUGCCUGUACUCAUGAAAAAACAUGCUGUACAGAUCAGCAAGUUUGACUAUCGACUUGCAAAUAAGCUGGAUACAGAUUUGCAAAAGCUUAGAUGCAGAGUCAAUUAUCAUGCCCUGAAGUUUUCUGACCCUAUCCUCGAAAUGGGUGAGAAAUUGAUCCAGCGUAUGAGGCGGAGUAGCAAGCAUUAUAUUGCCCUUCACCUAAGGUUUGAACCUGAUAUGCUUGCGUUCUCGGGAUGCUACUAUGGUGGAGGGGAUAAGGAGAGGACUGAACUGGGAAAGAUACGGCGGAGGUGGAAAACUUUACAUAACAGCAAUCCGGAUAGGGCAAGGAGGCAAGGAAGAUGCCCUCUAACUCCUGAAGAAGUUGGCUUGAUGCUAAGAGCACUUGGAUAUGGGAAAGAUGUUCAUAUUUAUGUAGCAUCUGGUGAAGUAUAUGGAGGUGAAGAGACGUUGGCUCCGUUAAAGGCCCUGUUUCCAAACUUCUACUCCAAGGACACUAUUGCCAGCAAGGAAGAGUUGGAACCAUUUUCUGCAUUUUCUUCUAGAAUGGCUGCUCUUGACUUCAUAGUUUGUGAUGAAAGUGAUGUAUUUGUCACCAAUAACAAUGGAAACAUGGCAAAAAUUUUGGCAGGACGAAGGAGAUAUUUUGGUCAUAAGCCUACCAUUCGACCAAAUGCUAAGAAACUAUAUCGUGUGUUCUUAAACAAAAAUAACAUGACAUGGGAGGAAUUCGCAGCUAAAGUUCAUACAUUUCAAAGAGGAUUCCUGGGGGAGCCCAAGGAGGUGAGGCCAGGGAGGGGUGAGUUUCAUGAAAAUCCAUCAGCGUGUAUAUGUGAGGAUUCUGAGGCUGAAUCAAAAAUGGACUGGGGUCGUAAAAAAAUUGGUAAAGGCAAUCUAGCUAAGAAAAAAGACAGUGAUGAUGCGAAGAAAGAUGUUGAGGCAGUUCACGAUGAAAAUAUAGACUAUGAGCCAGAAAUGUCUGAUCCCGAGGAUGAAGAUGAUGUGGAUAGCCCUCCAGGUGAAGUUUCACUUAGUAGAUCCCAAGUUGAAGCUUUGUCCAAUGAAACAAGUACUGAUUAUGACCCUUUCACGUCUGAGGAAACUGAAUUGGAUGAGUUGCUUUCAGAUUGAGAAAGGAUCAAAGAUCGCUGUUCAAGAGGUUUUGCUUGUAUAUAAGACACCCUACUAUAAAAGAGUCCUUUGGGCGUUAACCUAUCUUCAACGUGUUCAAUUUUGAAUGCCUUUUUGGUCUGAACAAAUUCUGUGGCUGAAGCCUUGCUGACACAGCAACGUGGAUUGAAUUGAUUUGAAAUAUUCUGGUAAGAGUUAUAGGAUAUUGAUGAGCUUACUUGCGGCCAGGAGCUUGAAAUUGUAGUAGCUUUGGAGGCCUAUGAUCCAUGAUGCUUAAACUCGUGAAGAAACUCCAGCCACUGAGAUGGAGCUCCCCAAGAACAUUUUUACCGGCAUAUGUUCAAAGUUGUACUUCAAACAAUCUGUAUACAUAGACGGGAAUGUUAAUUGCUAAUUGACUUGCUAACUUUAUUGCAUAGAUAGAGAGAGAGAGAGAGAGAGAGAGAGAGAGAGAGAGAGAGAGAGUUAAAAUAUAACCUGCCUUAAUUGUUCUUCGAUAAAAAGGAACAGUAGUGAGUUUAUCUUUUCUUA